AUGGAAGAAAUCGAGCCAUAUGUAAGGCGAAAAAGAAUGAAUCCUGGGAAAUCGAAUAAGUUGCAAGGUCUUAACGAAGAGGAACAGGCAGUCUUGCGUAUGAGUAUUAAUUCAAGGGAACGGAAAAGGAUGCACGAUCUGAAUGAUGCACUUGAUGAGCUCCGACAAUGCUUACCAUAUUCGCAUCGUGCCGGAUCCAGAAAAAUGUCCAAAAUCAAUACAUUGCUUCUAGCUAGUAGCUGGAUCAAACACCUAACAAACGCAAAUAAUGAACUGCGACGGAAAUUGGAUGACCUUGGAAACCGUAGCCAAGGAAAUGCCACAGCAGUUCUCCAAGCAACUUCUACAUCUUCACCUCAUUCGGAGUCGCCAAGUGCAUUAGCGCCAAUUGAUCUUUUUAAGCAGUCACCUCCAUCUUUACCAUUCAAAUUGGUACCCGAAACGACACAAAAAAGCCUUCUUAGGCUUUCGGUACCUGUAUCCGUACCAGUACCGGUACAACCAUGUGUUAAAUCUAUUAACGGCUUUUGCUUCUGUGUCAAUUGUUUGAUUACAAAUACCGGUUUAACAAAAAAUUUCCACAAAGAUAAAUAA